CGCGUAUAAAAGCUGCUGCGCUCACACAGGCGGAGCACCACAACGGGAGGAACACUCACUGCGGCUCAUGAACUAAACCAACACCGGGCGCACAAUACGGCAGGAUGUGGGCGACGAGGAGCGGGUUCUCCUGGAGGCUUUUGCUUUUCUCCUGCGUGUUUCUGGAGAGUUUAUCCCAAGACUUUGUCGGACAGACGCAGUUCAUAUGCACGUCCGUGCCCAAGGAUGUGGACAUUUGCGCGGCCACGCUACAGAACAGCGUGCCGGGGGAGGACUUGAAAACCACCGUGAUGCAGCUGCGGGAGACCGUGCUGCAACAGAAGGAGACGAUCAUCAACCAAAAGGAAACCAUACGGGAGCUGACCUCGAAGUUGGCCCGGUGCGAGAGUCAGAGCGGCGGCGUGGAUGCCGGGGACGCGCGGCCAGGGGGCAGGAGGAAAGAACCGGGGACCAAAAACACCAUGGGGGACGUGUCCAGAGGCCCCGCGGAGACUUUGACGCAGCUCUCUAAGACUUUACAGUCUCUGAAGCAGAGAUUAGAGAAUCUGGAGCAAUUCAGCAGGAGCAACAACUCGAUGCAGACCAACAGCCUGAAGGACCUGCUUCAAAGUAAAAUCGACGACUUGGAAAAGCAGGUGUUGUCCCGGGUGAACAGCAUCGAGGAAGGGAAGCCUGGUCUCAGGAAUGAGACCGAGCAGCGUGGGAAAGUGGAGUCCACGCUCACCUCGCUGCACCAAAGGAUCACGGAUCUGGAGAAAGGUCAAAGAGAAAACAGGCCCCUGGAUAAAUUUCAGCUCACAUUCCCUCUGAGGACCAACUACAUGUAUGCAAAAGUGAAGAAGAGCUUGCCUGAGAUGUACGCCCUGACUGUUUGCAUGUGGCUUAAGUCCAAUGCGUCACCUGGAGUGGGGACACCUUUCUCUUACGCUGUACCGGGUCAGGCCAACGAGCUGGUCCUCAUAGAGUGGGGCAACAACCCCAUGGAGAUACUGAUUAAUGACAAGGUUGCAAAGCUGCCCUUUCUUAUCAAUGACGGAAAGUGGCACCAUAUCUGCGUGACCUGGACGACCCGCGAUGGGGUUUGGGAAGCUUACCAGGAUGGCGUCAAAAGAGGGAGUGGAGAGAAUCUGGCUCCAUAUCAUCCAAUCAAACCCCAGGGAUUGCUAAUCCUUGGCCAAGAGCAGGACACGUAUGGCGGGGGAUUCGACGCCACUCAGGCUUUUGUCGGAGACCUGGCGAAUUUCCACAUCUGGGAUCGGAAGCUCUCUGUGGGGGAGAUUUACAAUCUGGCCACCUGCAGCAGCAAAGCUCAAGUGGGCAACGUUUUUGCGUGGAUGGAGACAAGCCUGGACAUCUACGGCGGCGCCUCCAAGUGGACAUUCGAAGCUUGCCGCCAGCUCAACUGAACUGAACCGCAAAUGAAGAAGACGUUUGCAAACGCCACUUUUGCCACGGCGUGAGUCAGCCAACCUGAAGGAUCAGGGGGAGACUUUUUCAGUGAACACCUCCUGGAAGUUUUGUCAUAGGCAUUCUUUACCCAAGUCUGGUGUGGGAGGAGGUCACUGAAGAGGUCAACUUUGCCAUCCUGCAGUGCUUGAAUGCACGUGCGCUUUCAUGUGGGGGAAAGCAAGUGAUGGCGCUUCUAAAAGGGAAGAGGUAAAAAAAAAAAAAAAAAACACAGCUCGGAUUCAAGCGUGCAGCAGGGAAGUCGUGUAGGUUUUAGGAAACUGAUGUCACAGAAUUCAAAGAAAACGAAUGAAUUCUUCAGCGGUCUUUUCCGUAUGGACUGCCAGGGAUUUGCACUGUGCAAAACGCGCAGGUGGACUCAUGUAACAGCAACGUUUGCAGUUGGAGGCUAUGAAAAGGACAAACCUGUUUUCUUGAUCACUCUCCUUUCUCUAAAACCACCCGCUUGACGUGAUUUUUGUGCAAAGAACGACUCUGAUAUCUUCAUUGCCAACGUAUGAGCCUGAGUGCCUUGGGCUGGAGAAAAGACAUCUCAGCAUCUCAUCCAUUAUUGUUUGCGGCGUGUUUGUGUUAAUUUUCCUGUAAAACUGAUUUUAAAAUCAGUCUUUGUUGUAACACUUUGAAAUGCAGUCGGACCAGAUUCUUCGCCGUAAAAUGUGAUUUGUUUAGCUUUUUUUUUUUUUCCCUGGUUGCUUGAACUUGAGUGGGAAUGUCCCUUUGUACAGUAACAAGCAUGUCUUAACUUCUGCGAUGCUGCGACAUCAUCUCUAACCCUUGCUUUCAAUGUCCUUACCUUUGAGUUGAGCUUUUAUACUGUAUUGUUAUACGCUUAAAGCAUGGCGACACCGACAGAUGAAAAAAAGUUCUAGUUUUUGUAAUAAAUUGUGAUAACUGAACCAUA